AUGAGAGAAGUUUUAGACUAUCAAAAUUCAGUAUGUAAACAAAAAUACAAGGAUGUGUUCCAUCGGUUUGUUAAAGAAGAAAAGCAAAUUGACGUGGAGAAAUGCAGUCAUAGCAGGCAGCAUGACCUCUGGAAAAGAUUUGUGAAACGGUGGAAUGACGGAAAGAUGCGCCAAAAGUGGUAUUCCUUAAUGCAGGCUCCUAUAGCUCAUCCUAAUGCUCAGUCGCCUGUAGGACCGGCUAAACCAACAUUUGAUGACUUACACGAUCGUCAAGAGCUACGAGAGCAGAUUCAAGAACAACAACGCUCCUCAAAACGUUAUGGAAACAAACUGAAAGCAAGGCGUGAAACUGAACUGCUGGAUGAGAUUUUGCCUAAAGAACCAGCAGGAAGUAAACAAGCGCUAUUGCAGAAAAAGAAGGAGAAACAGCAAGCUUUGAAACAUUAUCGUGAACGGUCAGAUGACGAAACGGAACUGAAUGAGAAUGAUCUUUUCGGUGAGUCUGACUCUUUCAGUAAGCAAAUUGAACGAGAGCGUUUAAGAAAAAAAAUACGAGAUGAAAAGCGACAGGUACAUCACACUCAGAAAGACGAAGAAAUCCUUCAAAAAAUGCAGGAAAGAAAGGAAAAGGAAAAGAAAACUGUAGAAAUGCUACGAGAAAUCGCUCGGAGCCGCUUUACAAGGUCGUCUUAA